AUGGCCCAGAUGAGCGAUGACAAAAACGAUGGCGAGGUCUAUACACAUACAGCAGACCUCCCUCCACUCACCACAACCACAGAACGCAAGCUGAUGGCCAAGGUCGACUGGCAUAUUGUGCCUUGCUUGUGUGUCAUGUACUUACUUGCCUUCCUGGAUCGGGUCAACAUCAGCAAUGCCGCGAUCCUCGGGCUACAGGAGGACUUGAAUAUCGAGAACACCAAGUACAACACUGCGUUGACCAUUUUCUUCGUCCCAUACGUACUCUUCGAGAUUCCCUCCAAUAUACUGCUCAAGAAGCUGAAGCCCCAUGUGUGGUUAUCGUUAUGCAUGUUUUUGUUUGGUCUGGCCACCAUCUGCCAGGGCUUGGUUAACAAUUGGGGUGGCUUGAUGACCACUCGUUGGUUCCUUGGCAUGUUUGAGACGGGCAUGUUCCCUGGAUGCUUCUACCUACUGGGAAUGUGGUACAAGCGCAGCGAAGCUCAAAAACGGUUCAGUUUCUUCUUCAGCUCCACCACACUCGCUGGCGCAUUUGGUGGUCUCCUCGCCAGUGGUCUGGGUGAGAUGAAGGGGAUCCGGGGCUACAAUGGCUGGCGGUGGGUCUUCAUCAUCGAAGGCCUCCUGACCUGUGUCGUCGCUAUUGUCUGGUUCUUUGUGCUCCCUGAUUUCCCAGAAGAUGUCAAAUGGCUGAACGAGGAAGAGCGAGACUACAUCCGGGCAAAGCUCGCAAAGGAUGUGGGCAGUUCCGGAAAAGAUGUCAAGCUGACCUUCCGCGACAUGCUGGACGUUUUCAAAGACUACAAGAUUUUCAUUGGCGGCUUGAUGUAUUUUGGUCAAAUUGUCACGGCAUAUGGAUAUGCCUAUUUUGCGCCAACCAUUAUCAAAACAUAUGGCUACUCGCCAAUCAUGACCCAGCUCUAUUCGGUGCCCCCAUGGGCGGCUGCUUUCGGCUUCUCCAUGUUGAUCGCAACCCUAUCCGACCAGUUCAAACACCGCUUUGCGUUUGCCAUGAUUCCGAUGAUCAUCUCCAUGGCCGGGUAUGGGAUCCUGUUGAAUGUCCACGGGGCAACCCAUCGGCAUGUUCAGUAUGGGGCGCUGUUCAUGGUCACUGCCGGCUGCUACAGCUCCAUGGCAGUCGUCGUAUGCUGGUACGCGAUGAACCUCAGCGGGCAUCGCCGUCGAGGCGUGGGAACGGCGUGGCAGAUCGGAUUUGGCAACAUCGGCGGGUUCAUUUCCACCUACACUUUCCUACCCAAGGAUGCCCCGCUCUAUCGGAACGGCUAUAUUAUCAGUCUAUCAUUCCUCUGUUUGUCCGCUGCGUGCUGCAUCGCGUAUCUGCUGGCAGUCUGGAAUGAUAAUCGCAAACGGGACCGUGCCGCGGCCAACGGCGCUGUGGUGAAUCUCACAGAAGAAGAGCGAGAGUUCUUGGGAGACCUUGCGCCGAACUAUCGGUACACAUAUUGA